CUUCAAACACUGAUUCAAGAAACAGACCCCGGUGCAGAUUACCGCAUCGACCGAGCGCUGAACGAGGCCUGUGAGUCGGUGAUACAGACUGCCUGCAAGCACAUACGCUCUGGAGACCCAAUGAUUCUGUCUUGCCUGAUGGAGCACUUGUAUACUGAGAAGAUGGUAGAGGACUGUGAGCAUAGGCUCCUGGAGCUCCAGUAUUUUAUAUCUCGUGAUUGGAAGUUAGAUACAGUGCUUUACCGCAAGUGUCAGGGAGAUGCCUCCCGUCUCUGCCAUACCCAUGGCUGGAAUGAGACCAGUGAGCUGAUGCCUCCGGGGGCUGUUUUCUCCUGCUUGUACAGGCAUGCGUACCGCACAGAGGAGCAAGGAAGGAGGCUGUCGCGAGAGUGCAGAGCAGAGGUCCAGAGGAUCCUCCACCAGCGUGCCAUGGAUGUGAAGCUGGACCCAGCCCUGCAGGACAAGUGCAUGAUUGACUUGGGGAAGUGGUGCAGUGAGAAAACAGAGACAGGGCAGGAGCUGGAAUGCCUUCAGGACCAUCUUGAUGACUUGGUGGCUGAUUGCAGAGACAUAGUGGGAAACCUGACUGAGCUGGAGUCGGAGGACAUUCAAAUCGAAGCCUUGCUGAUGAGAGCAUGUGAGCCCAUUAUCCAGACAUUCUGUCAUGAGGUUGCAGAUAACCAGAUUGAUUCUGGGGACCUGAUGGAGUGUCUGAUACAGAACAAACACCAGAAGGAAAUGAAUGAAAAAUGUGCCAUUGGAGUUACUCAUUUCCAGCUGGUUCAAAUGAAAGAUUUUAGGUUCUCAUACAAGUUUAAAAUGGCCUGCAAGGAGGAUGUGCUGAAACUUUGCCCCAACAUCAAAAAAAAGGUGGAUGUAGUGAUCUGCCUGAGCACAACUGUGCGCAAUGAUACUUUGCAGGAUGCCAAGGAGCACAGGGUCUCUCUGAAGUGCCGCAAACAGCUGCGUGUUGAGGAGCUGGAGAUGACUGAGGAUAUCAGACUUGAACCAGAACUGUAUGAGGCUUGUAAAAGUGACAUCAAGAAUUACUGCCAGAAUGUGCCCUAUGGCAAUGCUCAGAUUAUUGAAUGCCUGAAAGAAAUAAAGAAGCAGUUGAGUACCCGGUGCCACCAGAAGGUGUUUAAACUGCAGGAGACAGAGAUGAUGGAUCCAGAACUCGACUACACGCUCAUGAGAGUGUGCAAACAGAUGAUCAAGCGGUUUUGUCCAGAAGCAGACUCUAAAAAUAUGUUGCAGUGUUUGAAACAAAACAAGAACAGCGAAGUUAUGGAUCCUAAAUGCAAGCAAAUGAUUACCAAGCGCCAGAUUACACAGAACACAGAUUACCGCUUAAAUCCAGUGCUCAGGAAGGCCUGCAAAGCAGACAUACCGAAAUUCUGCCAAAAUAUCCUGAAUAGAGCCAAGGAUGAUACAGAGUUGGAAGGGCAAGUCAUCUCGUGCCUGAAGUUGAAAUAUGCAGACCAGCGUCUCUCUCCAGACUGUGAGGACCAAAUUCGAGUGAUAAUCCAGGAAUCAGCUCUUGAUUAUCGGCUGGAUCCUCAGCUUCAGAUGCACUGUUCUGACGAGAUUUCCAACUUGUGUGCAGAAGAAGCAGCAGCCCAGGAGCAGACUGGGCAGGUGGAAGAGUGUCUGAAAGUGAAUCUGCUGAAAAUAAAAACUGAAAUGUGCAAGAAGGAAGUGCUCAACAUGCUGAAGGAAAGCAAAGCAGAUAUAUUUGUUGACCCAGUGCUCCACACAGCCUGUGCCCUAGACAUCAAACACCACUGUGCUGCCAUUCCACCAGGGAGAGGACGCCAAAUGUCGUGCUUAAUGGAAGCCCUGGAAGAUAAGCGCGUGAGGUUGCAGCCCGAAUGCAAGAAACGCCUUAAUGAUCGUAUUGAAAUGUGGAGCUAUGCCGCAAAGGUUGCCCCAGCAGAAGGCUUUUCUGACCUUGCCAUGCAAGUUAUGACCUCUCCGUCCAAGAAUUACAUUCUAUCUGUGAUCACAGUCGGCAUCUGUGUACUCUUCCUCAUUGGCCUGAUGUGUGGACGCAUCACAAAGCGGGUGACAAGAGAGCUCAAGGACAGGUAGAGCCUGGAUUGCCUGCUGAAGAAAUGCCUGCCCAGUGCCCAGUUUUGUACAGCCCUCCUCUGUAUAGUCUACCCACCCCCUCUCGUGAGAGGAGAAUAAAAA